CACACCGCAGAUAUGGCUGCCGAUAUCCCACCGUUCAACAGCUCGUUCGCGUACCAGAGUACGCUUUCGCCGAACCCGCAGUGGACCUACGGUCAGAAGAUCGCAGACACGCCGGCAGGUAAGGCAUGGAUAGAAGGAGAGAAGGCUGGCUGGAAGGUGGUGGACACCGCGAAGGAGGACAAGCUGAAGCUGUAUACGCUCAUGAUCAGCGGGAUCGUCCCUCGCCCGAUCGCAUUCGUAUCAACGUUGUCAGAGAGUGGGGCUGAGAAUCUCGCACCGUUCAGUUGGUUUAAUAUGGUCACAUCCAGUCCACCCCUCGUCUCGAUCUGCUGCAGCAACGGCCCGCAGCGCGUCAAGGACACAACGAGCAACAUCAAGGCCACCAAGGGCUUCACUGUGAACAUCAUCAGCGAACCGUUCGUCGAGGCUGCGAACGUCGCAUCCGUAGACGCGCCUGAGGGCGUGAGCGAAUGGCCGAUCAGCGGUCUCACCAAGGAAAAGAGUAUUCACGUCAAGCCCGCACGCGUCAAGGAGAGCGCGUUCAGCAUGGAAUGCGAGCUCUUCCAAGUUAUCGACAUCGUCGACCCGGAAUCCGGCGCGAACACGACGACGAUGAUUCUCGGACAUGUCAAAUACAUCCAUGUGCGCAACAACGUGCUGGACGAGCGCGGGAACGUCGAUCCAGCAAAAUUCAAGCCCGUCGGGCGCCUGGGCGACAUCUCGUACUCGCGCGUCGGUGAUGGGUUCCGGAUCGCGAGGCCGGUAUGGGCUAAUGAGCAGGGUGCGAUCGAGAAAGCAAUCGAGAAGCGCAAUGAAUGACUUGUAGAAGGUAGCAAAUUGUAAGAGGUUGCACGUAGCGAACUAUUGCACGAUGCAAGCGGCCUCUUUGGGAUUUAUGCGUAUACGCUGGACCAUGUGAACGAGUAGCGUCAUGCUGCUCCAAGUUCCAUCAGCCAGCAUUUUGCGCGAAAGCGGGUAUCGGCU